ACUGGUACAAUAAGUUAAAGUGAGACAAGUAUAUUUUUUUUCACUCUAACUUAUUGCACCAGUUCAGUAGUGCAGCUGAAAAGAACAGAUCAUGAAUCAUCACAGUAGUUUUGUCGAUUGGAGUAUCGAGUUUUGACGUAUCUUUCAGAUCAAUCUUCAUUUACAUCGUCUUAUAAUUAAAGUGUGACAUGUUUGGCAAGAAAAAAGAAGGACGACACAGAAAAAUUGGUGGCCUAGAACAGUAUGGCAUAUUUGAAGUGCCUGAUGUAAAUAUAGACAAUAUUGGUGGUAAUAUGAUGGAAGAUGAUGCUGAUGAUGAGGAUCUGGAAGCUGAACUGGCUGCUUUGGCAGCUGGCAAUGAUACAGGCUAUAAACGCAGACGCAAUGCUGCACGUAAAGCUGCUGAUGCAAAUUUAGAUGAAAUGGUAACUGACUGUAUGAAGGAUACAAAUAGUGAUGAGGAGCUAUCUGAAGGAGAUGAUGAUCCUGCGUUAUUGAAAGAAUUACAAGGACUCACAGGUGAUGAAGUUGAGACAGAAGAAGUGGAAGAGUUAAAAAUAACGGAGGAAAAACAAGAUGAACCAAAUAAUCUUGAAUCUACUGAAACUAAGGGGGGAAAUGGUUCUAUACCAGAACUGAUUAAGCUGUUACAAGAAAGACUGACAAUAUAUGAGCUGGCUGAACAAAAAGCAAAGAACGAAAAGGAACCUGGUAGGGCAAGAAGAUACAAUAGAGGUGUAAGGACACUUAAGGGAAUGAUAGCCUGUGUAAAAUCAGGUGGAAAUGUUAACGAGGAUGAAAUUCCUCCAUCCUUGCCUCUUUCAGCUACUACUACAGAAUCUACAGCUAAAAAUAUAGAGGAAACACCAACUGAAGUCACAACACCAACUGAAGUCAACGAACUAUCUGUUGUUCCGGAUAGUCCUUCUGAACCAACAGCUGAUGUCACAGUUGAUCAGGAAGCUUUAGAUAAACUAAAGGCACAACAGCAAAAGUAUAAGAUUGCAGCAGUUGCCUGGAAGAGGGCGGGUAACAAGGAACAAGCAAUAGAGUAUGCUAAAACCGCCAAACAAUUCGAUAUAGUCAUAGCUGCAGUUACUGCAGGUGAAAAGCUUGAUUUGUCAGAUAUGCCACCUAGUCCAACUUUACCUGCUCGUGAACCUGCUGUGAAUACUGCAACGCCAGAAGAGAAAGAAGAGAGCGAAGUUCAGCAAGCUUCCACAGAUACACCACCUAUAGCUGACUCAGCUGAAGCAAAGAUUGGUCUUGAAGAUAUUGGAGGUGCUCUUAAGGAACGUCUCGAAGUAUACAGGAGAACGAAAGUAGCUGCAGAAGCUGAAGGAAAUACUUCAAAAGCACGUAGAUAUGGUAGGAUUUGCAAACAGUUCGAGGAUGCUAUAAAGUUGCAUACUCGCGGGAAGUCAGUACCUUUAGACGAAUUACCUGUACCACCUGGUUUUCCACCGUUAUCGUCCAGCUCGCCAGACAACAAUGUUGUUGCGACAUCACCGCCCGCACCCGUGGCACCCGAAAAUACUUCUGUAACAAAACCCGCGCCACCUCCACCAAAACCAGUGCCACCUCCUAGAACAGGACAAAAACCAAAUCAACGAAUUACAUCGCGUGCAGAAAAACAAAUGAUUCAGUUGCAAUUAAGGCAACGUGAAUUAAAGCAAGCUGCUCUAAAUGCUAAGAAGGAUGGAGAUAUGGAUUUGGCACGUGAUUAUCUCAGGCAAGCGAAGGGAAUACAGCCUUUAAUAGAAGCUAGCAAAGCUGGCUUGCCUGUUGAUAUGAAUUCGAUUCCAUUAUCGCCUCUUGAAAGAGUCGAACUUAGCAUAUCUCAAAAAGAUGAUAAUUUCACAUUGGUAUCUGCCGAAGACUUGUUUGACGACCCUAGUGGAUCUGAUGAUCAAAUUUAUGAAAAUCUUGAAGCUCAGUUAAUUAAACAGAUUAAGUGGUGUUUGUCUACACGAGAUCACUCGAAAGCUUUGGGAGACGUGCCUGGAUAUAAUAGAUGGGAACGGUUUGCACUUAGCUAUACACGAGAUUUAGAUAUGUUGAGAGUUCGAAAACGCAAUUCACUGCCGCCGCCACAACAUCAUUAUGAAACCAAAACCUAUCAAAUAGUACAGAGUUGCACGGAUCUAAAUGACAGCGACAUCGAGAUAUCUAUAAUUAGAGGAAUCAAUUAUCCUCGUGAAGCGGAUACAUACGUUAUAUUUGAAUUUCCAUUUCCGUCGGAUAGCCAUCCUACGGAUAGAACGUCGACAGCCAGAGCUUCUACCAAUCCCGAGUAUCAGGCAGUAUUUCCUUUAAAUGGGAUUAUAAGUCGCACUUCUAGACAAUGCCAGAGAGCUUUCAAACGACACGCUCUAAAAUGUGAAGUUUGGGCAAAAGGAUGCUCACUGAAUCCCAUCCUGUGUUGCACUCAUCCCAGAGGUUUUUUCCGAAGUGACAGUCUACUCGGUACAGUGACAGUUAAAUUGCAACCUCUGGAAAAUCAAUGUACUCUGCAUGAUUCCUUUCCGCUUAUGGACGGUAGAAAGGCAGCUGGAGGAAAAUUGGAGUUGAAAAUUCGUCUGAGAAAUCCAAUUCUUUUCAAGCAAAUUGAAAGUAUAACAGAUAAGUGGUUGACUAUCGGCGAAUAAUGCAAUUCGUCGAGUCGGUUCAUCCAUCUUGGGUUAAAUAUGAAGAUGCAGCAUUUAAAGCAAAAAAAAUUAUAUACAAUAAUUAUGUACAAAGAAUUGAUUUAUGAAAAAUUUGAUUUUGAUUCUGUUCCUGAUCUCCUGGCAACGGUGAAUAUAUAGGCGUAUGGCGCGAGAUUAGGACUAUGGCGCAUAUAAAAAUAUAAGCAGUAAACAACUGUCCAACCACAGUCGAGUAUUCUCCUUACGGUCCAAGAAUAAUCGACUGUGAUUGGCCGAUUCACUUAUUGCUUACGUUUUUGUACGUGACAUGGGCCUUAUCGCUGGGCCGUAUCGUUCGCUGCUAGCAACGUUACUCCGCCUUUCGCUGUCAUCCGAUAUCCACCGUUGCUUGGAACAAUGAACAAGAACUAGACACGUCUCUUCAGAUUGUUUUACAAAGUUCGUUCCGUUACAUUGCGUGUAUUGAUUUGUCAAUUUCUUUUAGUUGAUGUGUCAAGAUCAUUGUGCUUUAUUGUAUAUAGUAUUGUAAUUAUUCGCAAAAUGAUAAAAGACUUUUCGGUCACUAUAUUUAAAUAUACCUUAUAUAUAUAGUUUAAA